AUGGAUCAUCAAGAACACUUUAAUAGGAACGAUAAAGCCUGGGGCUCAAUUGCUGAGAAGUACGAAUCAGUUUUAGAGAAUACAACUAUUCAGAGCUCAGUUACUCUCUACUCUCUGACAAAUGCCAAAGAUGCUGAAAGAAUCUGUGAAGUUGCUGUUGGUCCUGGCCAGGCAUCUCGAAUGUUUGUAUCAAGCAUUAUGAAGAAAGGCGCCUCUUACUUCGCAAGCGACAUCGCUGACGGCAUGAACGAGAGAUUCACGAAGGGAUUCCAAGACUCUGACUUAGCCUCUAACCCUAAAGUUGGGUACGAGUGGGUUGAGACUGAAGAGGAGGUUGAUGUGGCUGGGCAGGCUGGCAAGGAACUGAGAGGGGUUGAUAGGAAGGUGUUUCAUUUGAAGGCGAAUAAUGAGAAGCUUCCGUAUGCUAGUGAGGUGUUUGAUUGUUAUUUGGCCAGCCUCUCUUUGAACUUAGUCAAUAAUCAUAAGAAUCAGAUCUCAGAGUCAUAUAGAGUACUUCAGAAAGGUGGAGUAGCUGGGUUCACCGUACUUGGAAGACAGGAGAAAUGCAACUAUAUUACUAUAAUCCCUGAAGUUAUUGAGAGUCUUGGGCAUAUACUUAGUGCUCCAAAAGACCGUCCUCAUCCAACAUAUCUUGCAGAUAGGAAGAAGAUAGAAAAAGAUUUUAAGGAGGCUGGCUUUUCUUCUGUGAAAUCUUACUACACGAAUAAACUUAAUUUUGAAAGAUGAGUUAGACCUUUUCAAAUUUAUGGCUGUUGCACCUGUGACAGAGGAAUUCUUUGGAGACCUUAAUGAUGAGCAAAUGGAGGAAUUUAUGGAAGAAUAUAAGAAACAGUACAAUGAUAGGUUUGGAAAGGAUACUUCGGAUCCGCUUGAGUGGGAAAUCUUAGUAAUCAUAGCUACAAAGUA